CCAGGACGACGAAAAUGUAUAUACUAUAGGAUAGGUCGAAAGGUAUCUUCUUCGUUCUUGAAUCGUACCAACGAGAGGGAGAGAGAGGGAGCAGAGAAAAGCAACGAAUUAAGAAGAGCUCCGAAGCCCUGUCAUCAAUGGCGGCGAAGAGAGAGAAACUUCUGACCAAGGUUGCGGAGUCUUUUAAGGAACUUGCUAAUUGCGUGGAAUCUCCGACGCCGCGUCUCGAGGUUGGGCAGCUCGCUUCCGCUUGCCGCGAUGUUGCCACUAUCAUAGGCUGCUUAGGAAUGGCUUUCAAGUUCGUCUUCAUCGCAUAUUCGGCCAAGGUGGACUGCAUCAGAACAGGGGGAGAAAUCGGCGUUGAGAAAGUUGCUCAGAGAGGUGCCGAAGUUGAGAUGGAGUCCGAAGGCAUGGGUGCCCAGGUGGAGGAGGCUCUAGGCGAAGCUAGAUCCGAGGGGCAGACGGCCCCAACCAUGGUUGCCAUUGUGGAGGCGACGCCAAGCGAGGCACUGCUGGUCUCAUCGCUGGGCGCGUCGAUGGGUGAGAUGCUUGGUGAGGCGCCAUCUUGCUGGAGGAGAAUAAAGAGCGAGCAUGGAGGAGAGCAUGGAUUGGGCGAGUAG